AUGGGGCUGCCCUUUCAACGAUCACGGGCACGGCGGCUGGAUGCUGCCGAGGAAGAGGAGGUGAGGGCAAUAAAGCGGCAGCGAUGGGAAGCCUGGCUCCGCGACACCGAGCCGCGAAUACAGGCGAACUGGCGGGAGGUCGACGAGUUUCUGAACUGGCCAUCCUACGGAGUCCCGGCCAACAAGAUGGCCAUCCUGGGCCUCUGCAUGCCGAGGUGGUGCGACCUCGUCAGGGGGGAGCAUCGCUGCGCCAUCUGCCUCGAGGACAUGGAGCCCCGCCAGAAGUUCAGGAUGAUGCCCUGCUCCCACUCCUUCCACCAGCUCUGCAUCUUCAACUGGCUGCUCAUCAACCGCCUCUGCCCCGUCUGCCAAUUCACGCUGCCGUCAGAUGAGGAUCAGCGCCUGUCGGAUGGGCAGGCAGCACACUCGUGCAAGAUGGAGGCACAGACGGAAGCAACCAACCCACCAUGA